CAGACGACUCAGGCUCACACACUCCUAACUGAGAGAGAAGCAAGAAGACAAUAAGAACUGCACUGACUCCACAUUACAUCAGAAACAACAGAAGAAGGAAUCAGUACUGGAUCAACAUACUCAUCUGGAGUUACUCUCUGAUGACCUGUGAAGAAAUUCCAUCCGAGCUACAAGCAUCUAAGAAAUUCUACAUCCGUCUUUUUUCUUGUUUUUUGGCCACUGCAUGUGUCAACACUUGACAUGAUACAAUGCUUUGAUCCAGCCAGGCAACUCUGCAAAUACUAUUGGAAGUAAACCUCAAAUUUUCUAGAAAACAUUAUUAAGUUCAGAUAUUAAAACCCAUCUCAUAAUGGAGGAUCACAUGACCAAAGUUAACAUGUUUUCUUCUGACAUCUCCGAUGACUGCAGAGAUGGGAAUCAGUCAGAAAAAAGUUCAUUCCCAGAUAAUGCACUCGGCCAAGGUCUGCUCUGCAGAGUGUGUUCAGAUUCAAGCAGCGGUAAACACUAUGGCAUCUAUACCUGUAAUGGCUGCAGUGGUUUCUUCAAGCGCAGUGUAAGACGGAGACUCAUAUACAGAUGUCAGGCUGGAACAGGCAGGUGCCCUGUUGACAAGGCUCAUCGAAACCAGUGCCAAGCUUGUCGACUAAAGAAAUGUCUCCAAUCCGGCAUGAACAAAGAGGCUGUGCAGAAUGAGCGACAGCCCAGAAGCACAGCACAUGUCAGUCCGGACUCCAUCUGUAUGGACACUAAAAAGGAGCACCUGGCCACCACACGGGAACUUGCCUCCUCUGCCACAUACUCACCGGCAAUUUGCAGACCUCUGGUCACCUCAUCUGUCGCCACCUCUGCCACCAUGCAGCCCUGCAGCAACCCCAAUAACAGCCACCGCUUUAUGGUCAGCCUGCUGACUGCUGAGACCUCCGCAAAGCUGGAACCUGAGGAUGUGGAGGAGAACAUCGAUGUGACAACAAACGAUUCAGAGAGAGAUCGGACUCCCUCUGACUUUGGCAUGUCCCCAUACACUUCCAGCUGUUCAGAGAGUGUGUACGAGACAUCGGCACGACUCCUCUUCAUGUCUGUCAAGUGGGCUAAAAAUUUGCCUGUUUUUGCUCAGUUGCCAUUUCGAGACCAGGUGAUUCUCCUCGAAGAGGCUUGGAGUGAGAUGUUCCUCCUGUGUGCCAUCCAGUGGUCCCUGCCCAUGGACAGCUGUCCUCUUCUGUCUCUGCCGGAUCUUUCCCCCACACAAAAGGCCAAGAUCAGCCUCCCAAUAGCUGACCUGAGCACCCUGGAAGAGGUCUUCAACCGCUUCAAGGCCCUGUCUGUUGACCCGACUGAGUUUGCUUGCUUGAAGGCAGUUGUACUGUUCAAGCCAGAGACACGCAGUCUCAAAGACCCAGAGCAGGUGGAGAAUCUGCAGGACCAGUCGCAGGUGUUGCUGCGUCAGCACAUCCAUUCAAUAUACCCCAGCCAGAGUGCCAGGUUUGGGAGGAUGUUACUUCUGCUGCCGUCCCUCCGCUUUGUGAGCUCAGAGAAAAUAGAGCAGCUGUUUUUUCACCGGACCAUUGGCAGCACGCCCAUGGAGAAGCUUCUGUGUGACAUGUUCAAAAACUGAACAAAGCAUCAAGAGAAGCUGAACUCUGCAAGGAAAGCACAAUAUACCAAAUCUCAAACAAGUUUUAGAUCACAUGUCCAGGUUCUGACUUCUUUAGAAUUCAACAUGAUACACAAUAGGUAAGGCACAGGUGUGUAACGAAUAAAAUUGUGUGAGCGUCCUGGUACUGCGCUUGCUGGUUCACUGUCCCAUUAUCAUGACUUACUGGAGCUUUU